CCUAGGUCGCUUCAUAACCGGAUAUAGUGAACCUUUGGAACUCCUAUCGACCAAACCAUCCCAUAAUGAUUUAAAAGCCAGUUGGCUUCGCUCGUUUUCAGGAGAAGUUGCUUUUGGUGACGGUGUUUUAAGUGAGUGUGUCGUACAAAACACUGAUUGGAAAAUGAUUACCUUAUGUAUCGAACAGAGGAAGAAUCAGUGACCAUGAUUUUGCCCACUCGUGUAUUGUGACAACCGAGCCAGCAAAGAAGGACAUGACGCUGCAUGUGGCCGUAACCACAGGCCUACUUUGACUUUCGCAAUAAUGAGGAAGUGAUUUUCCACGGAUUAUGCGUUGACUUGUUGUACUGUUUUAGGUUUCAGGUCUGCAACAAAGAGUUGAACAAACCUUCCUUACUUGUAGGAUUUUGUAGACAGGUUCGAACACGGUGUAAAAUCAACAUAGUCUCUAUUCAAGUCGCAAAAUGGUCUUCGAUCAGAAGAUUUACGUUGCCAACACAUCAUCAGAGAAGAUCUACGUCCGAACGACUUACGAGAAAUGGCAGCAACUAAAGUUCUCCACCGAGGUGAAGCUAAUGUCACAAGGGGCAGUGGGUGGCGGGUUGAACUUCGAACAGAUGCGGGACAUGACCGAGGGUUUCACGGCCUUAGCACCCCACCACACCAUCAAGAUGAUCGGGUCGUUUUUCUCUGCUGAGGUGCACUCACCUCAUGAGCAGAAUGCUGCCACUACGGCGGGAGGAGGAACGACGACUGAAUCGAAGACUAUCAUCAGCCGGAACCUGCGCGUACCGAACGCGCACUCGAUCAUCGUGACGUCACAGCACACGGUGCAGGUUGUUCGGAGUGGUGCUAAAUGGAAGAAACAAUGCAAGGAAUCGUGCAAUUACAUAAUCCGUGGUACAAAGCCUAGUCGUUCAUGCUGGCAGAGGUUAGCUGGUAGGCAACCAUCAGUUAGUAAUACAAAGGCAUGUGACGUAUGCAAACGAGGGGAACCAGUGGCCACUGGAGGAACUAUUUGAAGUUAACUACCCGGAUGAAGAAGACACGAGUUUAGCUUUAUUCUAAAAGGUUGUUAUCUGAGAUGUGUGCUUUAAAUUUAUUUUAUGCCACCAAAAAUGCUAAGUGAUUUGUAUGGGUUCGAAGUCCAAUAAAACCGAAAGACCACGGGCACGAGAGGGCGCUAUGUCGUCUACCAUGUCUACAAAAUAAUGUAGGCAAGUAUAAUGUCCAGCCCGUAUACGUUGAGGAUCACAAGGUCGAAAAAAACCUCAUUUCAAUCUGCGAUUCCUUUCAAAGAUACGUCGUGACCUAUAUUUAUAGUAGCCACAAUGAUAUUAUACAAUAUCAUUGGUUUGCACUGGCUCAAUAUUACUGCCAACAACAAGUGGGCCUGGGUAGUUUUUCAAUCUGAAUUCCGCUUUUCAUUUUGGACUAUGAUUACAACAGCAUCCCACCACGGAGGAAUAAAUUCCUUCCUCCAUGAUCCCAUCAAUGACAGAUAUGACUCUCUUGCAUUGGCCACCAUCUUUGAUGAAACAUGCACACGUGAAAGGCAAUCAUUGGCUAGAGUCGUGCACGUACAGCGCGUAAAGGGAUGCACUUUUCCCAUUGGUUCUCAUCAAAGAUGGCGGUUAAUGACGUCAUGUGCAAUCCAUAAUUAUUAAAACUCUUGCCGUAUGCACAUUUUAUGGAUAACGUAAUAUUUUUAAAGUGUAUCAAAACAAGUAAAUAAGUGUUUUAUUAGUGUGGUUUUUUCUGUAUAUAUUUAGUGGUCGUUAAAGAGCAACCUUAAUAAACCAAC